AUGCCUUCCUGGCCCAACAGCAACGAGACAUCCGACGCCGACGAUGACGAGUACAUGGAUGAGUACAACAGCAUGCAAAUGGAGUAUUUUCAAACUCCUGACACGGUGAUAGAUCCAAGUUUCAGUGGGCUUGUGGUUGAAUCUGACCGUAAGUGCAUCCUGCACAGGCAGAGACCAGGCAGGUUUGUGGCAUUUGAAGGGACUGACACUGGAAGGAGAUUCAUUGGAUGUGCUAUUACGACAAACAUUGAUAUGUAUGAUGGUGUGAACUGUGGUGUUCUGGAGUGGGUAGAUGCCCCUUGGCCAGUAAUUCUGCAGAGGUGUUUAACCAAGCUGUGGGAUAUGUAUCAUGAGGAGAACCUUGGUAGAGUCCAAGACAAAGAAGCUCAUGAGAUAGAGGUUGAGAAACUGAAGAAGGAGCUGGAUUCUCUUGCCAAUCAGUACAGUCAGCUUGUGGAUGAUGUAUCCAAGCUGUUUGAUUACCAGGAUGGGCAGAAAUCCCAUGACAUGGAUUACACAAGCCAUGAACUUAAGGAGAAGAAGCAUCAGCUUGAGGAGCAGGCAAAGAUUGAGGUUCAAAUGGAGAAGCUUAAGCUGAAGAAAGAACAGAGGUGCAUCCUACAGAGUCAAGCUGAUAUCAUUCAAAACACCAGGAAGGCCAUGAAGGAGAUAGAAGUGGAUAGAGACCUCCUUAAAGAAGAGAAGAAGAAGCUGGAGCAUGUCAUUUCUGAGCUACUGAAGGUUGGUCAUGGGUCCAAGGAAAAGCUGGACAAGAUCAAACAAGUUGUCAUGGAGGAGUGA